AUGGCAGUUUGUAUUGUUACGGGUCCAGUUGGCAAGUAUCGUGCAGACGAUGGAAGAGACGAGUUAAGGCAAGUUUCUUGAAAUUGCAGAGAAAGAUUACAAAAAAUCUAUUAUGUUUUCGCUUCGAAUUGUUACGGUCGAUCAUUAUCUGUCAACUCCCUUGGAAGGCCUUGAUGUUUCUUAUUCUGAUUUUCGAGGAUGUGAAAUAAAACAUGUUCCUGUGAUAAGAAUUUUUGGCACAACACCUAAAGGUAAAAAAGCUUGUUUACACGUUCAUGGAGUUUUUCCCUACAUAAGUAUACCUUUUGAUGGAGGAGGAUACGAACGACCCGAAAAAUUCAUACAGCAGUUAGCUUUAAGCAUAGAUAAAGCUUUAAAUGUGGCAAAUGGAAAUUAUUCCCAUGUACAGCAUGUAUAUAAAAUUUCUCUCUUAGCAGGAAUUCCUUUCUACGGAUAUCAUGAAAAAGAUCAAAGGUUUUUAAGAAUAUUUUUUUAUAAUCCAGUUGAUGUAAAAAGAACUGUAGAAUUACUUCAAAAUGGAACCAUUAUGAAUCAAAUUAUGCAACCGCACGAAGCACAUAUACCAUAUAUAUUACAAUUUUUCAUUGAUUACAAUUUAUAUGGAAUGGAUAUGAUAAAUAUUUGUGAAGUAAAAUUUCGAAAAAAUUUGAAUGGAAAUUCCCAGAAUUCUGUAUCGCAAAGUUGGAAUACAAGUGAUUUGGACCGUGAAAUGCUAACAGGCAAUAUGCAAAGACAAAGUUCCUGUGAACUUGAAGUGGAUUGUUGUGCUAAGGACAUUUUAAAUAAGCGAGAAGAAACUGAUACACCUAGUAUGAAUCCUGGAUUAGCUGUGAUGUGGGAAGAAGAACGCCAAAGACAAGAAAAUAAUGGGAAGACGUUACAGUUAACACCACCAGCUUCUAAUGAAAGAGACAAAGUUGAGCCAACGGAGAGUGAAAUAUUUUACUUGAACAGGUUGAAGUCAAUUAUUAGGCAGAUAUCAGAAUCCAGCGAAGCAGUUGAAGAUUCCUCUAAGUUUGAAGAAAUUACGGAUAAAGAACUUGUUUCGAGUUUGACACCGGCCAGCGUCGUGGAAAUACAUACUCCUGAAGCUAAAGGUUAA